CUGGUCGGAACAAUGAUCGUUUAUGACGGAUUUCAACAAUGCAUGCAGAAUCGCAAAUGUUGCGGUGUAACACAGGAAUUCUGUGGCAAAAUUUGUUUUGGUUGGGACCUGUUGUGGUGUGAUUCAUUGAUGCUCUCCGGCGUAAACAAAUUGCUGUUGCUGGGCGCUGAAAAACAAACUUCGCCGCCAUGACCUUUUUCCAUGUUUUCAAAAUACGCUCCAUUUGAACCAAUGAAAUUUGGGGAGCCCUCUGCAACACUGGGCGUCCAUCGCUACCUUUGCUCAGAUGAGCUUGGCGUCUUUGUGAUGUUUAUGUCGAGCGAAGCUUCGCGUCUUCAAUGUAUUGUGUCUAGUCGGCUGGUCCGCUUCUGAGUCCUUGUGGAAUUCCGUCAUCUUUAUUCGUGUGCCUUCAGUUUUGUUCCCCCAAGCGACGCCGUGUACUCAAAGGUUCAGCGCUUGCUAGGGACCAAACGGCCCUUGUCGGUUCCUCCGGAGGAAUUACUCGCUGAAUUCGACUCGGAAUUCGGAGAAGCUGAAAAUAUGGCUGAUCCAUCGCAGUUACAGCAACUACAGUUAAAUCAAGGAAUGCAAGGCCAAAUGAUGGCUGGAAGUCCAACACAAAUGCAAGGGGUAAGUCUGUGCAUUUAUACACUUCGUUGUAAAAUAUUAACAUAGCCAAGGAAUUUUGCUGGAAUCAUUUCUAUAAUUCACAUAGCAUAUCGCUACUUUAUUCUUCAAUUGCAUUACGCAAAUUGUAUUUGAGAUAGACUUUCAGAAUUUCAAAGGAGAAAUCCUUAUCAAUCCUAAGCUUGCUUAUAUAUUACAUACUGUUUCAUUUCCAUAGUCAAGGUAUCUAUUUGAGAUAGGAUAUAUAAAGAAUUGAUUUUGAUAGCAAUGAAAUAUACUUGAUAGACUUAUUAACAGAGAUUAAAAUGCAGUCAAUUAAUAUGAGAAAAUGUAGUCAGAUUUACUAGUAUAAAAUUGUUAUAUAUAUGUGUAUGUUUAUAGCUAAUGUUGAAGCCGUGCAUCAUGCUUACACCUGUGUUUUACCCCAAAUGUUUAAGCUUUACAUCAGGCUGCUUGUAAUAAAGUAAGAUUAAAACGAAAGACCAAAGAAAACUUUUUAAAAUCUGUUCAUAUUUGAGCAAUAUCUUUUAAUAUUCUACAAAAGGUCAGACAUUUAAAAAUGAGGUAAAUGAGUCAACUGUUGAUUUUUAAACUCAAUUUAAGUAACGAUAUUUCCGAAAAUCGUUCAUUUUACAAGUGGACGGUGCUGAAAUUAUAGUCAAAAUGAAAGUAAUGGAAGUUUUAAUAGAAUUGUUUCCAUGGGAACAGGCAAACAUUGAAGAUUCAAGGAGGACACUCGCUUGAUUUGUACAAAAUGCUUAUAGCAGCUAAAAUAUUUGGCUUGCAACAAUGUACACAAUAGACAGUUUUACUUGUAAAUCAUCAAGAUACGUUAUAAAAACUUAUACACAUGCAUGCUCAUAUAUAAAAAGUUGUAUUUUCUGACUCUCAACUGUUUGCGGAAAUCGAAAACGGGCACUCUUUAAUUAGACUUUACGCAAACGUAGAAAAUUUAUUGGCCAAGUUUAUAAAACCAGCUAGUACCAAUAUUUGCACAGUUUACUGUGGCGUUCUUUCUAGUGCGUAGGCGGUGUGUAUAUAUACCUGUACAUUAUUUAUUUUUCGCCUUUGAAUAAACUAACUUUAAGCGUUGGAGGCGCGUAGGCGGUUUUUUGAUACAGUACCAUAAUUUUGUGGGGAACAAAAUAAUUGACAUUUAGCUUGGUGGUGUCGGUUGUAUAGAACUCUUAACUAUUUUUUAGCUACUAUUUUGUGGUUGAAGUAGUGGUUAAUUCUAAAAUACGCGAUUUUGAUUGAUUUCGCACUAACUGUAGUUAAUUUAACUGUCUUUUUGUACAACAUGCCCCUGAAAAUUUGCUAUAAAAUUUUCGUUUUUGUGUAAUACUAUUUUAAGUCUUUUAAGAUUCUAACCUAGAAUCCUUAGUUACUGAGAACUGUUUACAUAAAUAAAACAUGUGACAUAUACACCAUAGCAACAGUUUUUAAGCACAUUGUUUUGUUCUGUUUAUUUCAACGUUGUUAUGGCUUGCGGAAAUUUCAACGCAAAAUAUUUAAAUAUGUGCCAAGUAGUUAAUGCUAUGUAUGCAAAAUUCCUUUAUGCUAUAUGCUCCUAAGAUUUCACUAGUCUCAACAAGUCUGAUAUCGUCUGCUUGUAACAAGUUGUUAACAAAUUUGGUGUAUCGAAAUAGUAUAUCCAUACUAUUUCGAUACUAUGUCCAUAGUAUGAAAAUAUACAAUUAUUAUGGAAAGUCAAAAUCCAUUCUAUUUCCAAUAAAGAUACAUACAAUUUCCAUUCUAUGACCUUCUAUGGAUUUUCAAUAUUUUUUCCAGUGUUAAAUAUACAAAUGUUGUAAAAACUAACCUCUGUACAAAUAUUGAAAAUGCAGAAUAAGCAGUAACUGAAAUCAGACCAACAUUACACUAAAUACUUUGAUAGACAUUGUUUUGCAGCCAGCGAUUGAGGCAAGUUGCAAACGACCUACUUUAUUCUCAGAGUUUGCGAUUAACAACGUCGCGUUAUAUAAUUUACUGCUUACUGUUGAAGCCAUAUUUCAACGUGAUACUCAAAUUUCGAAGGAAGUAGAUUGAGUAAUAAGAUGUAGAUGUGUGUAGUAAUGUUAUGAGUAGUAUAGUAAUGUCUGCUUGUUUUUCUUUAUAGCAAAUGCCCAUGCAGCAAUUAUCUCCUGGUCAGAUGAGUGGAGGUGGUAGUCCAGGUUUUGGUGGCCAGUUGUCACCAGGUGGUAGUGUAGGUGGUCAGAUGAUGGUAGGUGGUCAGAUGUCACCGGGAGCUGGUGGUCAGAUGAUGGUAGGUGGUCAGAUGUCACCAGGGGCUGGUGGUCAGAUGAUGGUAGGUGGUCAGAUGUCACCAGGAGCUGGUGGUCAGAUGUUAGGCCAGAGCCCAACAGGGCAAUUUUCUGGUGGGGCUCAAAUGAUGAGCCCGCAAAUGAUGAGCCCACAGAUGAUGGGCGGUAGUCCAACCAGUCCCAUGGGAGGUGGGAUGUUGGCAGUCAGUCCCACGCAACAAAUGCCUGGUGGUCAGUUGGCUGCAAGCCCAACUGGUGUUCAAAUGUCCCCAACUGGAAUGGUUCCUGGUGGUAUGGUACCAGAUGUUUCACAGGUUAGUAUGGUUGGUCAGGGUAGUAUUGUAAGCCAGGGUAGUGUUGGUAUGAUAAGCCAGGGUAAUGUAGGUAUGGUUAACCAAAGUGGUAUGAACAUGGUGAGCCAGGGUGGUGCGAGUAUGGUAAGCCAGAGUGAUAUGGGUAUGGUAAGCCAGGGUAGUGUUGGUAUGAUGAACCAGGGUAAUGGAGGUGUGGUUAACCAAAGUGGUAUGAACAUGGUUAGCCAGGGUGGUGCGAGUAUGGUAAGCCAGAGUGAUAUGGGUAUGGUAAGCCAGGGUAGUGUUGGUAUGAUGAACCAGGGUAAUGGAGGUAUGGUUAACCAAAGUGGUAUGAGCAUGGUUAACCAGAGUGGUGCAAGCAUGGUAAGCCAAAGUGAUAUGGGUAUGGUUUCCCAGAGCGGUGUUGGUAUGGUUAGUCAGGGUGGUAUGGGUAUGAUGAAUCAGGGAAUUAGCCAGGGUCAAGUUGGUAUGGUUAACCAAGGCAUGGUAGAUCAGACGAUGGUAGCCCAGAGUGAAGCUAGUAUGGUUAGUCAGACGAUGGUCAGUGAAGCCAAUAUGGUGAGCCAGAGUCAAUUUGGUAUGGUAAGCCAGAAUCAAGUUGGUAUGAUGAGCCAAGGCAUGGUAGAUCAGACCAUGGUAGCCCAGAGUGAAGCUAGUAUGGUUAGUCAGACGAUGGUUAGUGAUGCCAAUAUGGUGGGCCAGAGUCAAUUUGGUAUGGUAAGCCAGAAUGAAGUUGGUAUGGUGAACCAAGGCAUGGUAGAUCAGACUAACAUGGUAUUUCAAGGUGAGGCUAGUAUGGUUAGUCAAAGUAUGGUUAGUGAUUCCAGUAUGGUUAGCCAGACUCAGAUUGGUAUGGUUAGUCAAGGUAUGGUAGAUCAAACUAGUAUGAUUAGUCAGUCUAUGGUUAGUGAUUCGAGCAUGGUUAGCCAAGUUGGUAUGGUAAGCCAGAGGGAGGUUGGUAUGGUGACACAAGGGGUGGUACAGGAUGGUAUGGUGAGUGAAUGUAUGGUCAGUGAUGUUGGUAUGGUAGCGCAAAUCAGCGAGUGUGGUAUGACUUCGACAAACAUCGACUCAACGACGAUCCAAACGAUACCAACAAUUAUGGUUGAAUCUCCGCAGAAUAUCGCCGACCCUGGAAUGCAAGUGAUAGGCACAAUGAACCAGCCGCUAGACACGACCAUGCAAGUGAUAGGCACAAUGGACCAGCCGCUAGACACUGGAGUUACUAUGGAUGUUGUGGGUACAGUACCCAUGGUGGAUUACCCUGAUGGUAGUACAAUGCAAGUCAUUGGUACAAUUAGUCCCGCUCCCCCACCAGAUCCCUCUGUGUGUGUUUACCCCGUCUCCCCCGGGCCUACAGCUGUAAGCCCCGUGCCACCGUCAGACCCCUCGGUGUGUGGUUACCCAGUCUCACCAGAUCCUGGUUAUAGUAUGGACACCAUUGGUAUGGUCCCUGGGGACUGUGCUAUUUGUGUUUCAAAAUCCAAUGAAAUUCAAGAAUUAGAAACGCAAAUAACCACUUUGAAACACGACUUCGAAAUCGAGCGCACAGAGGUAGGCAUACUGUUGAAAAUAUGCGUUUCUGACUAACAUGUUUUAUCGGGCUCGUACUUGCUUACUUUUUCUCCACUUGGCAUGGAAAACAUCUUGUCAUUCAAUAGCUAAAAGCCUGAUCUUUCCGAAUAUGAAAAACAGUUGUUCGUACGCCGAGUACUUCACGUACAAUAGCGUGCUGAAGUUCGAUUACCUUAUUUUAUACACCCCGUACAUAUUUUUGCUUGAAAUUUUCAAAUGCAAAAUCCAACUACAUUUAGUACUAUCAAGCGAGAUGCUCAAAAUCAGAGGUACAUAUAUUCUAUGUUUAUUAUUUAUUCUCGGCAAGAUUUCUCAAUUAUCUAUAUUUUGUUUUACAAACAUGAUAUUUGCUGUGGGGACAUUAUUCUCGUUUGUUCAGGACUUAUCCAUUUAAGCCAUUUUAGUGAGGGGGGGGGGUGGUACCGAACAGAAAAUGGUUGGGUAAACGAAUUUUGAGUGAGUAAAAGUUUGGGCUAAUUUAAAACAAAACAACUCUAGGGUUGGGUAAUAAAAAUUCAUUGUCAUUUCCAAAGCAUGUCUCACUCAAGUAUUGAAGAUUAAAAAUCGAAACUCAAUCGGAGUCACUAUCUUGAUCAUUUUGCAAUUUGUCAGGAGGCAAAUGGUGUCUCCAAAGAAAGUACAUGUGCAGACAACAUGAAACUUUGGACUGCAGAAAAUAGCACAAGCAGUUAUCAAACUCAUGUCACAGAAGUGGUAAAGGACAUGUGUGACAACUGAAUGGUAUUGUUUGUAACGUUUUUGGCCUGGGGUGGGUAUUUAUUUUUUAAUUGAUAUUUGAGGUUGGGUUAAAAAAAUUGGACUUUUUAAUGGUUGGAUCAGUAAUAUUUUUUCAAAGAAAAACAUUUCUCUUCGGUGCUACCUCCCACCAUAAAUAAUGACCGGUUCCUAAAGGAUCAUAUUUGCCAACGUUUGACAGGUGGAGACACGCUAUAUAAAACAAAUGAAAGAUAUCGAAGUACGUUGCGAAGAAGAGAAGGAUGACAUUCGUUCUGACGCUCAGAGAGAAGAAGAUAAUUAUGAAAGAAAACUGAAAGAAGAACGGUCCAAGUUAAAUGAAGUUCAGUUGAAGCUCAGUCUACUCCAAGCUGAGAUUGAUAAUAAUGAGAAGUCUGGCAAGAGGCAGGAAAAUGAGAUGGAUGAAUUAGAAGAUAAAUUUAGAAAGGUAAUUAAGAUCUUAAUUAGCAAUUAAUAAAUUGGAAGGUUAAUUAAGAAAGCAAAGAGUCUUUGUAAUUGGAAAUUGUUUACCUUCUGUUAUGAAACCAAUAAAUUAUCUCCACAGUUAACUUUGAAAUGGCAAAGGCCAAAUUAUUUUAUAGUGGAGUGCGGUUCAAUUCAUUGCCGAUUGAAAUGAAAGAUAUUACAAAUAUUCCCUUAUAAACUCCUUUAAAAAUAAAUUUUUCAACGUUCUGGUUGACUUAAAUACCUUUUUUCACCAGGCAAAGACCGAAAGAGACCAAUUUGAUGAACUGAACCGCAGAUUGAAGAUGGAGCUCCAACGUGUUCAACAACAGACGUAUUCUGACCGAGGUUUGAUCAAACAGCUUCAGGACAAGCUUUCCCAAGCUGACAACACUGAAAGAGAAUGGGUUACGAAAUAUAACAGAGAGAAAGAUAAAGUCGUUGAACAUUGCGAGAAGAUCACCGUUAUUGAAAAUACUGUGACAAGUCUGGAAAAACAAACCAGAGAUUAUGUUAUUGAAAUUGAGGUAUGGAUGGUUGUAGAUUUCUAUACAGCCAUAUACAAAAUGUCGUAUAAUGAAAAUUGAAAAGUGUGAUUUGAAAAUGGGACUUGAUCGUAAGCUUUUUCAGAACUUGAUUUCAGAGGCUCCACCUCUUAUAGAUUUGAAGUCUGUUUUGAUGAUGAUGAUGAGAUUUAUUGAUCAUCCCCAAACAAGGGGCUUUUCAGAAUCAAUUAUAUAAUUACAAAUUUAGUUACAUUACAAUGAUAAUAACCUAAACAGAAACCUAUAUAAAAUAGUAUAUUAUAUUAUUAUGUACUAAAACUAGACUGUCACAUAUUUAAAAAUUUCCUUAGUAAAAUCGUUUUCAGUUCGGUUUUAAAACUACUAAUUGUUCUACUUGAUUUAAGAUUAGAUGGCAGCUCGUUCCAGAGUUUAGUUAUACGAUAUUGGAUUUUUUUUGUCCUGUUGCACUAGUGAAAAGAGGAAUGUUAAGUUGACGAGAUUGCUUGGUUAUUCUUCCGCUUACUGCUCCUAAUCAAAUAUUUUUCAUUCUUCAAAUCUCUAAAAAAUAUUUGAUUAACUACGGUUGAAAUUAUGAAUACAUGGCCACGAUACAAUGUUUUCUGUUUUUUCUACCUUUGGGAAACACGGCCAAACAGCAGUAUUUCCUUGUUCGCCCAGGCUUAAUGAUUUAUUUUUCUUUUGCAGAAUUUGAACAGCAGACUGAAGAAAGAAAAGAACGAAUGCGAAGAACUCCGUGCCAUGUUAGGCGAAGAAUCAAAGGACGACGAAAAACAGAACAAACUCGUCAAGGAACUUCAACGCAAAAUAAAAGACCUUCACAUUUCCAUCGAAGACUUGGAAAACAAAUGGCGAUUGGAGAAAGACAAAGUUUACAAACUUAACACAGACAUUUACCAAAUCACAGCCGAGAAAACAAAGUUCCAGAAACUUUCUAAAGGCCUUCGCGAAGAUGUGGACGACUUGACCUCGAAAUACUCACGAGAAAAGACCGAGGUCGAACGUCUCGAGGAAGAACUCGCGAAGCUCCGACGUGAACACACCGACUCUAAGAAUGUGAUGGAUGUUGAUUCGAUAGUGGUUAGUUUUGAGGAGAAGAUUCGACGUUUGACUGCAGAGUGUGAUAGCUAUGAAGAGAAAUAUAAGUACGAGAAACGCGAAAAGGCGGAAUUCGAGGAUAAGUUCCAUCGCAUCAAGAGCGAGGUGAGUUUGAACGAUGCAAGUUUAUAAGAAACCGCAACGUUUUGUCAUUCUGAUUGACGUUUUGCUAACUUAAAACUAAUCUGGUUCCCUGCACUUGAUGUAAAUAAUGUGGCCUGUUAAGUUUGCUAUAUGAAUACUCUUUUCCACAUCCAUUUCCAACGAUUCAUUUAUUUUCAUCGUUUGUCUUCUUAUUGUGUCAUGUAGAGAGUACCCUUGUAAUGUUCGUGUUAUGUUUUGUAAUAGUGUAUUGUAAAUUUGCAUUCAUGUACACGCCCUUUAUGGAAAUGAGCUGAUAGUUGUUGAGGCUAGCGUGUUUAAAUACAGUCCGUAUGUCUGUAUAUAUAUGUAUACAAUGAGUGCCCCAUUUCGCUUUACAAAAUAUUUAUCACUAAUUUGGGUGUUGGAUAACCAAAAAGAUUAGUUCUUAAAGUAAUUCUGAGUGUCCAAUCUUGUAAACAGCGUUAUAGAGGUGUAAUUAAAUAAUCCUACAGCAAGUCUUCAUCAUUUUCCCCACAGGUCACAGAUAUACAAGAAAAGUACAGACGUGUAGACGUGGAAAGAGACACGUACAUUCGAAAAUGUCGGGAAAUCACGGAAAGCUACGAACAGAAAGUCCGAGUGUUACAACAACAGAUCUCAGAACUUCGUACCCAGCCCACUCGGCCAGUUCAACCUAUCCAGCAGCCCGUACCAGUCCCCCAACCCGCCAUAAUACCCUACGCGACCGCUCCUUGUUAUGUGGACACAAUGAACGAAUUGGGAAUAAGCAUUGAGAAAUAUAACGAGAUGAAGCAUCAGAGAGACUCCAUUGAACAGAGGUAAAGAAAUGAAUUCAUUUUGAACAUAGGUUGUUACAGAUUUGCAAACAUGUUGUAGCAAGGUUGUUGUCAAACUGUUAUCAGGAUGUGUUCGCACUGCUUGUUCCCAGUUGUUGUGACAAGUCUGAAAUAAGUUGUUAUCACCUUGUUACAAGGUUGACGACGGUGACAGACUUGCUUACAAGUUGUUCCAACAAGACUAAUACAGGCUGUUCGUAACAAGUUGCUACGAAGAUGUUGUCAUGAACUUGUUAACAAUUUGUUACGUGUAAACAUAACCUUCCCCUAUCCUAUGAUGUUCAAUUAUAUUUUUUCUUAGGUACAAUGCGUUGGUCGAUCUUCUUGCCAAAUACGAAGACGACGUUCAAAAACUGGAAAAAGAAAAUAAAGAUUUCCGCCUGAGCGUCACGGAUGUGGACUAUACCUCCAUCAACAUCACGAAACAAGAGAGCGCUUCGUACUCACACAUCGAUUUUAGAAGAAUUGUCGAUGAGAAAGACUACUUUGAAGGUUUGUGUUAUUGACUGAUUCAAGAAUACAUUGAUUAUAUGUGAAGGAUUCCUUGACUGGCUCAAUUAUCCAAAGAUUUUUUGAUUGUGUAUUUGAUUCACUGACCGCUUUUCAGCAUAUAUUCAUAACACAACAUAUUUCCGUGGUUUGUGUCUGAACUACCUGAAAAAGAUAUCUCAAACGUGGUGGUCCAGUGUAAGUAGUAUUCUACAAUAAGCUGCCGUGAUUUGUGUCUGGACUACCUGAAAAAGAUAUCUCAAACGUGGUGGUCCAGUGUAGGUAGUAUUUUAUAAUAAAUUCCCCUGGUUUGUGACUGAUCUACUUCAAAAAGAUUAAAAACACUUUGACAGCUUAUCGUAGAAUACCACUUCUCGAUAAACGGUCAACAUUAUAAUACGAAAAACGGUUAAUGUUCGAAUGUAAGCUACCGUGUUUGGUUUUUGGUUAAAAAAGAUUGAAACCUUUGACGCUUUCAUGAAGGCCCAUCUAAAUCCAACUGUUCUUUUUCUUCAUUCAGGUCGCUACAAGAAAGAGAAAGCAGAACGCGAGAACGCGGAAAAGAAACUUCGCGAUUUGAGAAAUGCCAAGGAAGAUCUGGAAGACAAACUGAACGAUAUCGCGCGAGUGAUCACGAAGUACGAACAAGACACGAGAGUGCUCCAAAACGAGAACGAUCAACUCCGACGUCAGCUCCAAGACCUUAUGAUGAAUGGAAAUUUCCAGAAGAACAUCUCGGUUGAGUACAAUGUGGGUAAACGACCAAGAAGUGAUUCGAAUAAGUCACUGGAUAAAUAUAAACACGAGAUUGAUGAGCUGCAUAAGGAAAAUGAAGAGUUUAAACAAUUGCUUGAUUCGUUGGAUAACAAAGAUGGCGGGAAAGGUGAUAAAGAUGAUGGCAGGAAUAAUACUGGUAAGAUAUCAGGUUUUAGUUGA